GGGAGGAGCUGAGAACUUGAGGCCGUGCUGUGUGCUGUCGGCUUUCACUCAGUGCGAGAAUGGAGUUGCGGAGUGAACUGUUGAAGUCUAUUUGGUACGCGUUCACGGCUCUAGACGUGGAGAAAAGUGGCAAAGUGUCUAAAUCGCAGCUAAAGGUCUUGUCGCAUAAUCUUUGUACAGUGUUGCACAUUCCACAUGACCCCGUGGCACUUGAAGAGCAUUUCAGAGAUGAUGAUGAUGGGCCUGUCUCCAGCCAGGGUUAUAUGCCAUAUCUCAAUAAAUACAUCCUAGAUAAGGUCGAGGAAGGUGCUUUCGUCAAAGAAACUUUUGAUGAGCUCUGCUGGACUUUAACUGCAAAGAAGAACUACAAACACGAUAAAAAUGGAAACUGCAUUAUUUCUGAACAUGAUGCGUUCAGGUUAUGGUGUCUCUUCAACUUUCUCUCAGAGGACAAAUACCCACUAGUGAUGGUUCCUGAUGAGGUGGAAUAUUUGCUGAAGAAAAUCUGCACAGAGAUGAAUGUGGAGUGGUGUGCGGGGGAGCUGGAUGACUUCUUUGCCCAAGAACCCUUGCAGCAGAAUGGAAUUACAGUCUGGGUGUUUCUGGACUGGGUAAAUUCUGGGAGGUUUACCAGAGGGAUUGAAAAGGAGACUGUCACAAUGGCAGUACAGGAGGUCUACCAAGAAAUUAUUGAGGAUGUACUUAAGCAGGGUUACUUAUGGAAGAAGGGCCAGUUGAGGCGCAACUGGACUGAGCGAUGGUUCAUCCUAAAGCCAAGUAUCCUCUGUUACUAUGUGAGUGAAGACCGGAAAGAAAAGAAAGGCAGUAUCGCUCUGGACAGGAACUGUUGUGUGGAGAUUUUAUCUGACCGAGAUGGGAAGAGAUGCAUGUUCUGCGUCAAGACACCAUCGAGAACUUAUGAGAUGAGUGCAUCAGACACAAAGCAGCGGCAGGAAUGGACGGCAGCCAUUCAGACAGCAAUCCGGUUACAGGCAGAGGGGAAGAAAUCUUUGCACAAGGAUUUGAAACAGAAAAGGCAUGAUCAGCGAGCACUUCGGGAGAAACAGAAAGCAGCAAAGGAGGAAGAACUUCAGAGACUCAAACAGCUCCAAGAGGAGAAGGAAAGAAAACUGCAGGAACUGGAACUACUUAAAGAGGCCCAACGUCAGGCAGAAACGCUUCUGAAGGAGGAAGAACAGCGAAGAAAGCAGCAGCAUGAGGAGAUGCAGAGGGCUUUGGAAAUACAACUUCGACAAGCUGAACAGGCUCGAGCCAGCAUGGAAGCAGAGAUGGUAUUGAAGGAGGCAGAGGCAGAUCGCCAGAAAAAACGGAUUCGUGAACUGGAGGAUAUGCAGAAACUCCUUGAGGAAGCUCUUCAUGCUGAGGUAACUGCCCGGCAAGAGGAGGAAGCAAAGAGAUACGCACAGACCAGAUUGUUGUCUGAGGAGGAAGACAAAAUGAAAGCACUGAUGCAGCUCAAGGAAGAGCAGGAGGAGCUAAUUAGAAAAACGCAGAGAGAAAAACAGGAGUUAAGGCAAGAAAUGGAAAACAAGUCCAAGAUUUUAGAGGAAGCACAAAAACAGCUGGAGGAAGUGCGGGUCAACAGACAGCGAGCAGACCAGGAUGUGGUGGCUGCACAGAAGAAAUUGCGACAAGCAAGCUCACAUGUUAAGCACUGGAAUGUUCAGAUGAACAGGCUAAUGCGUCCAAUUGGACCAGGAGAUAAGCGGCCUACGCCUCCCAUUGUGCCUACCUAUCGAGGAUCAAUAGGGGGACAGCAGGAGGCACGAGCAAAGUUAUCGGGAAAGACUGAGGAGAAAGGUAACGCAACCUCCGAUGAGUGUAGGAAAGAGAAUCUCCAUCGCUCACUGUCAAACUGUCCUUCUAACGCAAACUCAGUUGAGGAAAUGGAGACCUCAGCUUUAAAUGGACAAGUGAAAAGGAAUUCUGUGGAAAUUAGAAAACCGAUGCAACGGUCUUCCUCAGAGGAUCCAGAACCUGCUCCGACAGAGGAACUCAUCAGAUAGUUUGGAUGUCAACAGAGGUGAUUCAAAAUGUUUGACAUUCCAUCACUUCGUAUUGGACAAUAACAUCAGAUCACAAAGAGUGGUCCAAUAAAGUUCACGGUCACGAGUGCAAAGAGUAAAAGUUAGAUGUCAUCGACGAAGUCAGCCAUUUUAUUCAGCCUUUUCCAAAAGGAUGACUGAGGUUACUAAAGACAAAACAAUGUGAAAUUGCCUGAAACCAUCAGCUAUUGUUUGCAUGCAGCAGUACUUAAUGCAUCUUUAGAUCAAUAAUGGUGAAGGAGAACUUUAAAAUUGAAGUUUUAUCUUAUUUACGUUCUUAUACCAUAAUACGAUUUGUGGAUAUUAAGUUUUUAUGAACUUUUUAAUUGGCAAAAAAAGUUUGUUAAAAAAUGUCAUCUGUUUACUUUGAGUGCUGUCAGCCUCCUCACCAUAAACCGAACAAACUACACAAUCAGUUUCGUUUGUAGACAUUAGAAUUGAAAAGUUUGGGAGUUAUGCUAAACCUGUAACCAACUUUGGUUAGGCCAUACUUCAAAGACUGUGCAUGCUCCUGGUCACUGUAUUGUGAAAAAGGAUGUGGAGGCACUAGCUGCAAUGAAUGUGUAUAUCGAUCAAGAAAGCAUUAACAGGCAGGGCAUUUUUCCUCCAGUAAACGGAAUGCUGAGCGGAGACUGGUCUUUAAAAUGAUGAAAGGUUUUGCUAGAGUGGAUAUGGACAGAUUGUUUGCACUUGUGGGAAGGAGCAUAAUCGGAGGCCGUCAUUAUAAGAGAGUCACCAAGAAAUUCAAUAGGGAAUCCAGAGGAAUGAAUUUAUACAGAAUGUUGAGAAUGUGGAACUUGCUGCCUAAUAGUAUAGAUGCAUUUAGGGGGAGAUUAGACAAGCCUACGAGGGAGAAGGAAACGGAGGCCUAUGAUAAUUACUACUUCAAUUAAAAAUGAUGGCGACAGAAGAGGAAGGCCUGUCUGGCAUAUUAACACCGCAUGGACUGAUUGGAUUAAAUUGGAUGAGCUGUCUGGAAAUUGCUAAAAUUCAACCUAAAAGCCAAUGUCUGCAUUUAAAACAUGUCAAUGUUUUUCAAUUUGUUCUGUAAUGUUGAGGUACCUAUUAAUACUAUUAAUUGUUUUGAUUUGUUUUCAUUAGUACCAAAGCAGUGUUCGGAACAUAAAACCUUCCACACUGCUUCAAGAUUUUUGGUUUGAGAAGUCUAAAGCUGCAGUUAUCCAAACUUGCCAGUGUGUGUCAGCCAAAUGCAGGCAAGUUCUUAAAUUAAACAGUUUCAAUCCUUGGUAAACUUGUUUGGAUUUCUAGACUCACUGACAGACAUCUCUGAUAAAUGUGAAUACAAACAAUAUAUGUAUCAAAUGCUUCUUCAAUGGCAUUGUACAGCUUUAGAGUGACUCUAGUUUUUUACAGGGCAUUCAAGUGUGACGUGCAGGAUUUAAAGCGUGUCAUUUCUGCUAUAUGCUUUCAAAUGAACGUGCCCUUUAUUUUGGGCUACAGUCAGUAUUUCAUAUCGUCUCAACCUGCUUUUGAUUUAUGCUUUAAAUUUUGUAAAAUAUAUGCGUGAUUUUUAGUAAAUAUUUAGAAAAUUUGUUGGAAGUUUCUUUUGAAGUAAAUGAAUAGCUGAUACUAGCUAACUCCAGAAGUAUCUAUUUUAAAAGAUUACUGUUUGAUAUAACUGGAAUUUGUUAGCACAAGUGAUGUCUAUUUGUAUAGUUUGCUUAUUGACGAUUGCAGUUGCCUUACAAAAUAUGCAUAACCAAUGUGGUUGUUAUUAAACAUCUUAAUCCACAAUUCUUUUCAAUAUACUUUCCAUAUGUCAAGUUCUAAUUGAACAGCUGAUUAAGAUCAAAACAAUGUUUUAGUUAUAGCUUUUGCCAAGUUAAAUUAUAGACAAUUUUUUUUCAAUCCUCUAAAUGAUCCAGUAAUUCAGAAAACAC